AUGGAUGAGCACUUGGCGCGUCUGCUCGCCAGCACUCAAGACAAGCAGGAAGGCCCUCGAAAGCAGGCCGAGCUCGAUCUCCUGCACGCCCAAUCGAAUCCCGAGUUUCCUCUGUCUCUGGCCCGCAUCGGCAUCCACACGGCUGCCCCCGUCGAGAUUCGGCAGUCUGCACUCACGUACCUACGCAAGUUCAUUGAGAAGAACUGGAGCCCAGAGAGCAAUGGUGCACCUCACAUUCCGAUUUCAGACUCUACGAAGGACCACCUGCGUAAUGUGAUUCUGGAGCUGGUGCUCAGCCCGGAAGAUGAGCGGAAGGUCAAAGUCGCCGCAAGCUAUGUCAUUUCCAAGAUCGCCACGGCCGACUUCCCCGAGCAGUGGCCAGCCCUUCUCCCCUCCGUGCUCGGCGUUAUGCCCACCGGAACGGACGCUCAACUCCAUGGUGCGCUGAGGAUCCUGCAAGACAUUGUGGAGGAGAGCUUGACCGACGAGCAAUUUUUCGGUUUGGCGAGGGACAUCAUCAAGGCCUGUUACGAUGUGGCACUCAAUGAGAACCGCAAACAGACGCACCGCAGCCUGGCCGUUCUGGUUUUCCGGAGCUGCUUUGAUCUCAUGGACAUCGUCAAGGAGGAUCACAAGAAGGAGGUCAGAACGUUUGCCGAGGAAGUCUUGAGCGGGUGGCUACCUUUCCUGGAGCAGGUUAUCAAGUCGGGCCUCCCCCCGCUCGGCGACACAGGCUCGCAGCCCGAGACUUGGUACGGGCCGAUUGCCUUGAAGAUUCAGGCGGUAAAAACGCUGAUCAAGGUCCGGAGCGUUUUCCCUUCCCUCCUUCUUCCUCGGAGCACUACCUUCUUCACCGCCACCUGGGAGGAGCUCUCAAGACUGGCUCCGUCGUAUCGGGCCUUGUUUAUCGACUCUGAUGCCCAGAGCCGAUUGGAGGACAUUGAUGGCCUCCCCUUCACCUUGGAUUUCCUGGUCCUGGAUCUUCUAGACUUCCUCAAUCAGUGCAUGCGGGCUCCGCCAGUGCAGAAGCAGCUGGACGCCGAGAUCACAGCACAUGGUGCUGUCCACGACACACCAUGGGUGUUGGACCUCAUGAAACUUCUCGUUUCGUUCUCCCAGGUUACGCAGGAGGAGGAAGGAUUAUGGGAGAUUGAUGUCUCCCUCUACCUUUCCGAGGAAACCUCAGUGUCGUCCAAUUACACCGCGAGAACUGCGUGCGGUGAUCUCUUGAUCAAACUCGGGGAGUGGCUGAACCAGCGCGCGCUGGAAGGCCUGUUCGCUUAUACAAAGUCUUUAUUUACGGCAGAAGGCGGAAGCUGGCAGAAGCAGGAAGCGGCCCUCUACCUGUUUAACACCAUCCUCAACGACUUCAAGGACCUGGACAAGAAUGUACCCGCUGAGAUCGCCAACGCCUACCUCGAGCUGGUCAAUUACGCCAUCAGCAGGCAAGAGGAGGCCAUGCUGCGCGCCCGCGGUUACCUCGUCGCCGGAGCUUUGGCCGCGAGCUAUCAGCCGGCUACAGGACUGCUUGACAGCGUUAUCAGCGCCAUGACUAGAGAUGAGUCCGAGCUUGUGCAGGUCUCCUGUGUCAAAGCAGUCGAAGGAUUCAUCAAGGGCGGUAUUCCAGUUGAUCGCCAAGUUCCAGUCGUCCUAGCCAUUCAGCGCUUCUUGGAAGCGAAGGACCUCAGCGAGCUUGAGGACGCCGACGAUCUUCUGGUCACUCUUUUGGAAACGCUCCGCGCUGCUAUCAGCAUGGAUAUCCGCAUCGCGAUUCAACCAGACAGCAAGGCGGUUGACUUGCUCUUCCUAAUCGCCAAACAUGGCGCGGCGAACUUUCAAGUUACCAUGAUUGUCUGCGAAACCUUCGAAGACAUUGCCAAGACGUUCAAUGACAUGAAGGACCCUUCGCUAUAUACAGCCCUCUGCGCAAAGGUCUUGCCGUCCAUUACUGGAACUUUUGACGUCGCCAAUCUCACUCAGGAUGAUCCCUUGGUUACGCUCGCUGCCGAUCUCCUAUCUCUCCUCGUUCAGUACGGGACCGAGCCGCUCCCUGCUGGUUUCGUUGCUAGCACCCUCCCCAAAGUCAGUCGCCUCUUGAUGAACUCAGCCGAAGGUGAAAUACUGCGGCCCUGUGCAGAAGCUGUCAAGUACAUGCUCAUGCAUGACCAUCACCAAGUAUUCGGCUGGAGUGACAAUCAAGGACGAUCCGGCCUUGAGGUUUGCCUCCGGAUCAUUGACCGUCUCCUCAGCUGGGAAAUCGAAGACAAUGCCGCAUCCGAGGUUGGUGGGUUAGCGGCUGAACUGGUCGAAAAGGCUGGACAAGAGCGGCUUGGGCCGUUCUUGCCGCAGCUUCUCCAAGCAGUCGCCAGCCGCCUAGACACCGCUCAGGCAGCACCAUUCAUCCAGUCCCUCAUCUUAGUCUUCGCCCGUCUUUCCCUCGUCGGCGCUCAGGAUGUCGUCAAUUUCUUAAGCGAUAUUCAGAUAAACGGCCAGGUCGGACUGCAGGUCGUGCUAAGCAAAUGGCUCGAGAACUCGGUCAAUUUUGCGGGCUACGAUGAGAUCCGGCAAAAUGUCAUUGCACUCUCCAAGCUCUACUCUUUGAAUGACUCCCGCGUUGCCCAGACAAACGUCAAGGGUGAUCUUAUCGUCCCCACCAGUGAUAGGAUCAUGACCCGAUCCAGGGCUAAACUGAAUCCCGAUCAGUACACCAUUGUGCCGGCGCCCUUGAAGAUUCUCAAAGUCUUGAUAGAAGAGCUAGUUUCCGCAUCGGGUGUUCAGGCCGCGGCCAAUGUAGCAGCGGCCGCAGCGAACGAGUUUACCGACGCGGACGAGGACGACGGCGAUGAGGGGUGGGAGGACGAACCUGGGGACACGCUCGAUUUAUCGCUGGGCGGCACCAAGGCCGACCUGAUGGGCUGGAUCGAGGGCGGAAGCUCGAGGCAGCGUGAUGACGAGACGCAGGCUUACUUGUCCGAGUUCUUCAUCCGCGCUGCCCAGGAGAAUAUCUCUGGCUUCCAGCAGUGGUUUGCUAUGCUUACCGACGACGAGAAACUCAAGCUGCACGAGCUUGCGGCGCAGUAG